AUGAUCAGAUACUUCCUUAAUGAUAACUACAGGUUAGGAAUGUUAACAGCAAAGAAAUGUCCAAUGAGAAUUUUAGGCUGGUAUCAUUCACAUCCACACAUAACUGUUUGGCCGUCUCAUGUUGGUAAGUAUAUAUACGUGCAUGCAUAAUAUACUAGUUUCCAUUAAAUAAAAACUGCAUAUCAGAUUGGCUAUACCUAGCGGUGCGGUUUUCAUUAGAGGAGAGAAUGUAAACAAAUUUUACAAAAUAUGCCCUACCUUUGCAACGAAAAUCGAACUAUGCAUGGGACGCUUUAUCCAGAUGAUUACAAGAAAUAUUCUAGUCAGUAAUUUACUUUGCCAAUUUGCGGUUUUAAGGGGGAGAGAAAACAACGUCGAUGAGCUAACAUUUUGGCACGUUUCAUGGGCCGUACGAAAGACAUUGAUCGUAAAUCAAGAAUUUGUAAGUUUGAAUUUAUUUGAAAUAAAUCUGCAUAAUCGAGACAAAAAUAUCUAAUUAUCGAAUGUAAAGACUUUUUUCUAUCGAGCGACUGUCUUAAAGUGUUUUUUUACAGUCUGUGGCAAAUUUCAAAUUUAUUUUAAUAUGCAGACGUCCAGACACAGGCUAUGUAUCAAAUAAUGGAUCCAGGUUUUGUUGGCUUGAUUUUCUCAUGCUUUAACGAUGAUACAGCUUCGACG